CCUUCCGGCCGGCCCCACUCGGAGACAGGCUUGGGCAGCCCCAGAAUGGGUGACUAAGGAAGUGACAUUUGUGAGCUCUGCGCAACCUGGAUUGAGGGAGAAUAGGCUUGACUGGUGAUUGGCUUUGUUUUGGCGAUGACGCUACCUGAUGGGCUGGCCUCACCUUCGCCCAGCCCCGCCCCUAGCCCUGCUCGUGCUUCCGGGCUCCCUGCUCGAUGACUGGCCGAAGCAGUGGACGGCUGGAAGCGAAUUGGCUGCCCUCAGCGGCGGGCUGAGCAACUGGGCCGACGAGAGCUGUUAGGCCAAGAUGGCGGUCGCCGAAGGAGCCGCGGGGGACUGUGAGCUGUGGCAGGCCUGGCUCCCUGACCAUGCCGUGUUCUUGCGGCUCCAGGAAGGACAGAAAAACCAGAGCCUAGCCGCAGCCGAGAAGCCGGCUUCUUCAUCAUUGCCUUCGCCGCCGCAGUUGCUGACGAGAAACCUGGUCUUGGGCCUCGGCGGAGAGCUCUUCUUAUGGGACGGAGAAGGCAGCUGCUUCUUAGUCGUGCGCCUUCUGGACCCCAGCGGCGCCGGUGAGGAGUCCCCCCUCUCCCAGUACCAGAGAUUGCUUUGCAUAAAUCCACCCCUGUUUGAAGUCUAUCAAGUCUUGUUAAGUCCAACACAACAUCAUGUAGCACUUAUAGGAAUAAAAGGACUUAUGAUAUUAGAAUUACCUAAAAGGUGGGGGAAGAAUUCUGAAUUUGAAGGUGGAAAAUCAACAGUGAAUUGUAGCACCACUCCCGUUGCUGAGAGAUUUUUCACCAGUUCUACCUCUCUGACUCUAAAGCAUGCUGCCUGGUAUCCGAGUGAGAUGCUGGACCCCCACAUAGUGCUGUUAACAUCAGACAACGUAAUAAGAAUUUACUCUCUACGUGAGCCCCAGACACCCACUAAGGUCAUUGUACUUUCAGAAGCAGAAGAGGAAAGUCUGAUACUCAAUAAAGGAAGGGCCUACACCGCAUCUCUAGGAGAGACAGCAGUUGCAUUUGACUUUGGGCCGUUGUCGGCAGUCCCGAAGAACAUAUUUGGACAAAAAGGCAAAGAUGAAGUAUUGGCUUACCCCCUGUACAUCUUAUAUGAGAAUGGGGAGACUUUCCUUACAUAUGUUAGUCUGCUGCACAGCCCUGGGAGUGUGGGAAAGCUGUUAGGCCCAUUGCCCAUGCAUCCUGCAGCUGAAGAUAACUAUGGUUAUGAUGCUUGUGCUGUACUCUGCUUACCAUGUGUCCCCAACAUCUUGGUGAUUGCUACUGAAUCAGGAAUGCUGUAUCACUGUGUUGUGCUGGAAGGGGAAGAAGAAGAUGACCAAACAUCAGAAAAGUCCUGGGAUUCCAGGGCAGACCUCAUUCCUUCUCUGUAUGUGUUUGAGUGUGUGGAGUUGGAGCUUGCCCUGAAACUGGCAUCCGGAGAGGACGAGCCCUUUGAUUCUGACUUUUCUUGUCCAAUCAAACUUCACAGAGAUCCCAAGUGUCCCUCAAGAUAUCACUGUACUCAUGAAGCUGGUGUACAUAGUGUUGGGCUAACUUGGAUUCAUAAACUUCAGAAAUUUCUUGGAUCAGACGAAGAAGAUAAGGACAGUUUACAGGAACUAGCUACAGAACAGAAAUGCUUUGUAGAACACAUUCUUUGUACGAAGCCAUUGCCAUGCAGGCAGCCGGCUCCGAUUCGAGGGUUCUGGAUUGUCCCUGACAUCCUGGGGCCUACGAUGAUCUGCAUCACCAGUAACUACGAAUGCGUCGUAAGGCCUUUACUAAGCACAGUCCAUCCAGCGUCUCCUCCCCUGCUUUGUACCCGAGACGAUGUUGAAGUGGCACAGUCUCCCCUCCGUAUUCUGGCUGAAACCCCGGAUUCCUUUGAAAAACAUAUUAGAAGCAUUCUGCAACGUAGUGUUGCAAAUCCAGCAUUUUUGAAAUCAUCUGAAAAAGAUACGGCUCCUCCUCCCGAAGAAUGCCUUCAGCUCAUCAGCAGAGCCACCCAGGUGUUCAGAGAACAGUACAUUCUUAAACAGGACCUGGCAAAGGAGGAGAUUCAGCGGAGGGUCAAAUUGUUAUGUGACCAAAAAAAGAAACAACUAGAAGAUCUCAAUUAUUGUCGAGAGGAGAGGAAAAGUCUGCGGGAAAUGGCCGAGCGCUUAGCUGACAAAUAUGAGGAAGCCAAGGAAAAACAAGAAGAUAUCAUGACCAGGAUGAAAAAAGUACUUCACAGUUUUCACUCUCAGCUCCCAGUUCUCUCUGACAGUGAGAGAGACAUGAAGAAAGAAUUACAGCUGAUACCUGAUCAACUUCGACAUUUGGGCAACGCCAUCAAACAGGUUACUAUGAAAAAAGACUAUCAACAACGAAAGAUGGAAAAGGUACUAAGUCCUCAAAAGCCCACCAUUACUCUCAGCGCCUACCAGCGAAAAUGCAUUCAGUCCAUCCUGAAGGAGGAGGGUGAGCACAUCAGAGAAAUGGUGAAGCAAAUUAACGAUAUCCGAAAUCAUGUAAACUUCUGACACCACCAGGAACAGAUUCACACCUGAAAUUAACACAAGUGAAGGCUUAAACUCAUUGUAAAACGAACAGGUAGCGUUAUCUAAUUUAUAAAGAGGCAUUUUAAAGGAUGAACUUUGGUGUGGUUGUUCAUCACUUUUUAUACUUUACUUGUUUUAUAAUUAAUUAUUGAAUAAAUGCUUUUAUUUAAAAAUUG